GGGGCCGGGGCCGGGGCCGGUGUCUCUUCCCACCGUCCCCCGGUCGGUCGGUGCGGUGGCUGGCAAGCGCCUCCCGACGACGGCCGGCUCGGCGGCCGCCGAGGCGGCCCCCCCUCGGAAGGUUGGGGCCGCUCUUCCUCGGGCCCCUGGCGGCCGGAAGGCCUCCUCCUCGGCGAGCGUGCCGGCUGCCGCGCGCGGCGGUGUGGCCAAGGCCAAGGUUGCUGCCGCGGCAGCGGCGGCGGCGGCCGCCGCCGGGGCGACCGGCCAGAGCCGCGUGUCCAAGUCCCCGGCCACGGCCAAGCCGCCGGCAUGAUGGCCGGGUCUGUCCGCGCCCCGAAGGGGCGCACAUGUGCCUCAGUCUGCGGGUCUACGUGCGUGCGUGUGGGUGUGGGCGCGGGUGUCUCUUGCCGCAUGAGCCCCUCCCCCCCGCCCAAUCCCCACCCCGCUUGCCUCUUGUUCCUUGUUCUCUCUCUCUCUCUUCCCUUGUGUUUCCUGUCCUCUAGACCCGCGUUGGGAUCUGCGGCGCUCCCAUGGUGCGCGUGUGCGCGCUCGUUGGCCAACUACACAUCCCACAUCACAUGCUGCUCCGUCUGAUCGUGGGAACUCUCUGCAA